CGACGCUGACCGGAAGAGCCGCGCCGUUGGCGCAGGGCUCGCUGGGAAAUGUGGUCCCUCAGGGCGGCCUGGGGCGGUGGCCGCCAGUCCUGUGGAAGGGGCGGCCGAUCGGGCGUGGACCCUGGAUGGCUGGGCCGGGCGGCUCAGGCGGUCCCAUCGGGGCCGGGGCCCUGGCGGGUGGUGCGCGGUCCAAGGUAGCCCCGAGCGUGGACUUCGACCACAGCUGCUCGGACAGCGUCGAGUACUUGACGCUCAACUUCGGGCCCUUCGAAACAGUGCAUCGCUGGCGGCGUCUCCCACCCUGCGACGAGUUUGUGGGUGCUCGGCGCAGCAAGCACACCGUGGUGGCCUAUAAAGAUGCCAUUUAUGUAUUUGGUGGAGAUAAUGGGAAGACGAUGCUCAAUGAUCUCCUGCGGUUCGAUGUGAAAGACUGCUCCUGGUGCAGGGCCUUCACCACCGGGACCCCGCCAGCCCCCCGCUACCACCACUCGGCUGUCGUCUAUGGGAGCAGCAUGUUUGUCUUUGGGGGCUACACUGGGGACAUUUAUUCCAAUUCUAACCUGAAGAAUAAAAAUGACCUCUUUGAAUACAAGUUUGCAACAGGCCAGUGGACAGAGUGGAAAAUUGAAGGACGGUUGCCAGUUGCCAGGUCAGCCCAUGGGGCCACAGUAUACAGUGACAAGCUGUGGAUCUUUGCCGGCUAUGAUGGCAAUGCCAGGUUGAAUGACAUGUGGACGAUUGGCCUCCAGGACCGGGAGCUCACCUGCUGGGAAGAGGUGGCCCAGAGUGGUGAGAUCCCACCGUCUUGCUGUAACUUCCCUGUGGCCAUAUGCCAGGACAAGAUGUUUGUGUUCUCGGGGCAGAGUGGAGCCAAGAUAACCAACAACCUCUUCCAGUUUGAAUUUAAGGACAAAACGUGGACACGCAUCCCCACUGAACACCUGCUCCGGGGCUCCCCACCACCUCCACAGCGACGUUACGGGCACACCAUGGUGGCCUUUGACCGCCACCUCUAUGUAUUUGGGGGUGCAGCUGACAACACACUGCCCAACGAACUGCAUUGCUAUGACGUGGACUUCCAGACUUGGGAGGUUGUCCAGCCCUGCUCUGACAGUGAGGUUGGUGGGGCUGAGGUGCCCGAGCGAGUGUCUGCUUCUGAGGAGGUGCCUAGCCUGACCUCUGAGGAACGGGGCAGCUUCAAGAAGUCCCGGGAUGUGUUUGGCCUGGACUUUGGCACCACCUCAGCCAGGCAGCCUGUCCAGCUGGCCUCAGAGCUGCCCAGUGGGAGGCUCUUCCAUGCAGCUGCUGUCAUCUCAGAUGCCAUGUACAUCUUUGGAGGCACCGUGGACAACAACAUCCGCAGUGGGGAGAUGUACAGGUUCCAGUUCUCCUGUUACCCCAAGUGCACGCUGCAUGAAGACUAUGGGCGGCUGUGGGAGAGCCGCCAGUUCUGUGACGUGGAGUUUGUGCUGGGUGAGAAGGAGGAGUGUGUGCAGGGCCACGUGGCUAUCGUCACUGCGCGGAGCCGCUGGCUCCGUAGGAAGAUCACACAGGCACGGGAGCGGCUGGCCCAGAAGCUGGAGGAGGAGGCAGCCCUAACUCCCAGGGAGCCACCUGGUGCUGCUGUCGGGGGGACCCGGCCACCCCUGCUGCAUGUGGCCAUCCGGGAGGCUGAGGCCCGGCCCUUCGAGGUGCUCAUGCAGUUCCUCUACACUGACAAGAUCAAAUACCCACGAAAAGGCCAUGUGGAGGACGUGCUGCUCAUCAUGGACGUAUACAAGCUGGCGCUGAGCUUCCAGCUGUGCCGCCUGGAACAGCUGUGCCGCCAGUACAUCGAGGCUUCUGUGGACCUGCAGAAUGUGCUGGUCGUGUGCGAGAGUGCUGCCCGGCUACAGCUGGGCCAGCUCAAGGAGCACUGCCUGAACUUCGUGGUGAAGGAGUCCCACUUCAACCAGGUGAUCAUGAUGAAGGAGUUUGAGCGCCUCUCGUCCCCACUGAUAGUGGAGAUUGUACGGCGGAAGCAGCAGCCGCCCCCUCGUUCCCCCUCGGACCAGCCUGUAGACAUUGGCACAUCUCUGAUCCAAGACAUGAAGGCAUACCUGGAGGGAGCAGGCACAGAGUUCUGUGACAUCACGCUGCUGCUGGACGGGCACCCGAGGCCGGCCCACAAGGCCAUCCUGGCUGCCCGUUCCAGCUACUUUGAGGCCAUGUUCCGGUCCUUCAUGCCAGAGGAUGGGCAGGUGAACAUCUCCAUUGGGGAGAUGGUGCCCAGCAGGCAGGCCUUCGAGUCCAUGCUGCGCUACAUCUACUAUGGCGAGGUCAACAUGCCACCCGAGGACUCACUCUACCUGUUUGCUGCCCCCUACUACUACGGCUUUUACAACAAUCGGCUGCAGGCAUACUGCAAGCAGAACCUGGAGAUGAACGUGACAGUGCAGAACGUGCUGCAGAUCCUGGAAGCAGCUGACAAGACGCAGGCACUGGACAUGAAGCGACACUGCCUGCAUAUCAUCGUGCACCAGUUCACCAAGGUCUCCAAGCUGCCCACACUGCGGUCACUGAGCCAGCAGCUGCUGCUGGACAUCAUAGACUCCCUGGCCUCCCACAUUUCUGACAAGCAAUGCGCAGAGCUGGGCGCCGACAUCUGAGGCCCUGCAGCGCCCACCCGGUGUGAAGAAUCACUGUGCCUGCCUGCCCUGCUUGCUGUCAAGACUGCAUUAGCCACACCUGGCCUGCAACAGAGUGGGUGGACCUGCCAGUCCCAGGGCCAGGGUGGUGCCCAGGGCUGAGGAGGUCUGGGGCCCAAAAUGCCUCAUUUCACUGAGGUCCUACAGUGGAUGGUGAAACAGACCCCUCCUGGCUGGCAUCCUCUCCUGGCCAUGGCUCAUUGUUGGGGACACUGCUCAGAAUUGAGUGGAGAUAGGGAGUAGGGCCUUGAGCCUCCCAUCUGGCAGGGCCCAGGCAUGUGCUCUGGGAGGCUCAGCCUGGCCUGUGACCCAGGUGUGUGGAUUCGGGCCCCUCUGAUGUGGGAAAGGGGAAUGGCAAAAUUGAUGUAGCACCAGGAAGUCCAUCUUCACUGAGGUCAGUGUGAGGGGUCUAUCUUGCUGCCUGGAGCUGACUUGAAAUGAAUUUUGAAGUAAAGGGCCCUAAGGGCAACUCCCAGCUGAGGGAUCAGUCAUGCUGGGCUGGGCCUGGCUUCCCUGGAGGCUGCAAGACUCUGCCCACCCAUGUGCGUGUAAUUGGAACUCAGGGCUGGGCAAAGGAAAAGUCAGCAGAGGUUCCUCCUGGUCCCUAUGUCCCACACUAAGUAUUUACUGCCAUAGACAUCCCUCCAUUAAAACCAUAGCAGUGCUCCUACUACA